GCGGCGUUGCCUACAAAAACUUGACAAGAGAAACACAGUUUUUCUGAUAAUAAUACUUUAAUUUACCAUUAUACCCUUCUAACCGAAAACGGCAAUUACGUUCCUUCUUAUUUGUUUUCUUCCUUCUUCUUCUUCUGUUUUAUUUUUGUGGCUUUAAUUUUUUUCAUAUUUAUUCGGAAAGAGAAAGACUCUUCACUCACAUAACAGUCGCCGGUAACAGAACAAACUCCGAUGAUUGAGACUGGAAAAUACCUUCUCGGCGCCGCCGGUGCUAGCGGCUUCGGCUCUAAAUCUACCGCCGAAGAGGUUACCGAGAACUGCGACCUUCGUUCCGUCACAGUGAUAAUCACCGGUGCGACGUCGGGGAUCGGAGCAGAGACGGCGAGAGUGUUGGCGAAACGAGGAGCGAGGUUGAUUUUCCCGGCGAGGAACGUGAAAGCGGCGGAGGAAGCGAAGGAGAGAAUCGUCUCUGAGUUUCCGGAGACAGAGAUCGUCGUUAUGGAGCUUGAUCUCAGUUCCAUCGCCUCCGUACGAAACUUCGUCGCCGAUUUCGAGUCUCUUGAUCUUCCUCUUAAUCUUCUCAUAAACAACGCAGGCAAGUUAGCACAUGAACAUGCAAUAUCCGAAGACGGGAUCGAGAUGACAUUUGCCACUAAUUACCUAGGCCAUUUUCUCUUGACAAAUCUUUUGCUAAAGAAGAUGAUUCAAACGGCAGAGGAAACAGGAGUUCAAGGACGGAUCGUUAACGUUACGUCGGGUAUUCACGGCUGGUUUUCCGGUGACUUGAUCGAAUAUCUCCGGCUGAUUUCACAACCCAAGUGUCAAUUCGAUGCGACACGUGCGUAUGCUCUCUCGAAGCUUGCCAACGUUUUGCAUACCAAGGAGCUCUCUUCUAGACUCCAGAAAAUUGAAGCCAACGUGACGGUAAAUUGCGUACACCCAGGAGUUGUUAGAACCCGGUUAACAAGAGACCGAGAAGGUUUAUUGACAGAUCUCGUCUUCUUCCUGGCUUCCAAGCUCGUUAAGACCGUCCCUCAAGCAGCAGCAACGACGUGUUACGUGGCAACAAAUCCAAGACUGGUGAACGUAUCGGGAAAGUAUUUUACGGACUGUAAUGAAACGACGCCGUCUGGACUCGGAUCCAACUCAUCCGACGCUACCAAAUUAUGGGCUGCUUCUGAGAUUCUGGUAGCUCAACAUUCCAAGGCCAGUUUCGACCCUUGUAGCUAAAGAAAAACAAAAAAAAGUAAUUAUCUUAUCUUCUUCACAUACCCACCCUUAGGAAAAAAGUUAAUACUAAAUUUUAGUAGAUGAGAAAAUAUAUUAUAAAGUUUAGUUGAUAUAUAUACAAUUAGUAUCCUAUUUCUAUAGUGCGAAUGCGAAGCGGAUGUACUUUGUAUUCUUUGUUUAUACUUAAGUUAUAUUAUACAUAUGAGAACAAUUAAUUAUAAAGUUUUUUUUUUUCA